AUGCUUCGAGUGGCCUCAAGACAGCCCUCUGGGCGCCUCGCAAAGGUUGUCUGCUCGUCGGCUUCGUCUAGCGGAGUUCGACGGCAUAUAUCAUCUACCGCACCUCGGCAGGCCGAUAUCACUUUGACAGUAGACGGCAAGGAGGUCACGGUACCACAGGGGUCUGCUCUGAUUCAGGCAUGCGAAGCUGCCGGCGCGGUCAUACCACGAUUUUGCUACCAUGACAGGCUGGCGAUCGCAGGAAACUGUCGUAUGUGCUUGGUAGAGGUGGAGAGGUCACCCAAGCCGGUCGCAUCAUGCGCGAUGCCCGCAAUGCCUGGUUCAAAGGUGUGGACCAACACUCCAAUGGUUCACGAAGCUCGUGAGGGCGUGAUGGAGUUCCUGCUCGCCAAUCACCCGCUAGACUGCCCCAUCUGCGACCAGGGUGGCGAAUGUGACCUGCAAGACCAGUCCAUGCGGUACGGCUCCGACCGCACACGCUUCCACGAGAUCGCCGGCAAGCGCGCGGUUGAGGACAAGAACCUCGGUCCUCUCGUCAAGACGUCGAUGAACCGUUGUAUCCAGUGCACGCGCUGCAUCCGGUUUGCGAACGAAGUCGCCGGCGUCGAGGAGCUGGGCUCGACCGGGCGCGGCAACGACCUGCAGAUCGGCAUGUACGUCGAGAAGACGAUGGACUCGGAGCUGUCGGGCAACGUCGUUGACCUGUGCCCCGUCGGCGCCCUGACCAGCAAGCCGUACGCGUUCCACGCGCGCCCGUGGGAGCUGAAGCACACGGAGUCGAUCGAUGUCAUGGAUGCUGUGGGCUCGAAUAUCCGCGUAGACUCGCGCGGAGUCGUGGUCAUGCGCGUGCAGCCGCGAACCAAUGACGAUGUGAACGAGGAGUGGAUUAGCGACAAGACCCGAUACGCGUACGAUGGUCUUAGGUUCCAGCGGUUGACCACGCCACUGAUCAAAGAAGGCGACCGGUUCGUUCCCGCUGCAUGGGAAGACGCACUCUCAGCCAUUGCCAAUGGCUUGUCGCGCUCGGGUGCGCAGGGCGACGAGAUCCAGGCCGUUGCAGGACAUUUGGCGGACACUGAGUCGUUGGUCGCACUCAAGGACCUCAUCAACCGACUCGGCUCCGACAAUCUGGCUCUCGAUCAGGUCAAUGGUUCUGCUCCUCCCGUACACGGCGUAGAUGUCCGGUCGAACUACCUCUUCAACUCCACGAUACCCAAGGUAGAAGAAGCUGAUGUCAUCCUCCUCGUCGGUACCAACCCUCGGCACGAGGCCGCGGUUCUGAACUCUCGCAUCCGCAAAAGUUGGUUACACACUGGUCUCGAGGUUGGCUUGAUCGGUGAGCGGGCAGACACGACGUAUGGCUACGACUACCUGGGACCGGACGCGAAGGCUUUGGCUGACUUCAUCGCCGGCAAGGGCGAGUUCGCUAAAAAGUUCCAGUCGGCCAAGAAGCCCCUGAUCAUCGUUGGAAGUGCACUGAAUGAACACCCUGACGGUGCUGCUGUGUACAAUGGCCUGGCUAAAUACGUCGAGAAGAACAAGAGUACCCUGCUUAAUCCUGAGUGGCAGGGUCUGAGUGUCUUACAGCGCGUUGCUUCUCGUGCGGCUGCAUACGACAUCGGCUUUGUCCCUUCGAAGAAGGCUUCUACGACGAAACCUAAAUUUAUAUACCUCCUGAAUGCUGAUGAGGUCGACCCCAAGUCGAUUCCUCAAGAUGCUUUCGUCGUUUACCAGGGCCACCACGGUGACCUUGGAGCGCAACUUGCUGAUGUCGUCUUGCCUGGCUCUGCAUACACCGAGAAGGCAAUGACCUGGAUCAACACCGAAGGGCGGGCGCAGCUUGGUCGCGCAGCCGUGCCUCCUCCGGGCUCCUCGCGUGAAGACUGGAAGAUCAUUCGCGCACUGUCCGAGAUAGUGGGCUCCCCAUUACCGUACGACGACGUCCUUAGCUUGCGUGACCGUAUGUGGGAGAUCUCCCCCACGUUGGUUCGGUAUGACGUUGUGGAACCGACGUCAGUAGACGUGGCCUUGACUGGUCUGAGUACCCUCGCUGUCCAGACCUCUAGUGCAAAGGUGUCUGGUCAGCCGUUCCGGAAACCUAUUACCAAUUUCUAUCAGACGGAUCCUAUCUCUAGAGCUUCUGUGACGAUGGCGCAGUGCACACGAUCAUUCGUCAAGGGUGAGAACUAUGGUUUCAGUGAAGCACCGCAGGCGAAGGCGGCUGUUGCAUAA